UACACAUGUUCACUACAUUCAAAUUUGUUUGGAAAGUGCUGUUCCCAAAAAAUCUAUUGUUUAACUUAUUGAUUGUGCAGAGCUGGACUGUGAUGGAUGCUAAUUACAGAGCAGGGGUUCUCGUUAUCUCUGAUGAAUCAACAGAGUAGAAAAAAGAAACUGCCAUUCAGACUAACAGUGAGUGUAUUCUUUUGUUGUAGACAAUGGCUGGACACAGAAAUUUACUGAUUCAAGUACUUUUUCUUCUACUGAGCUCUGUUUGCAGAGCUGUUCCACAGAGAGGGAUUCCAGCUCAAAGUCUACAAGCUCUUGGGUUCCAGCAAACUGAACAGAGCUUUUUACCCCAACACCAAACUGAUCAACAGUUUCAGAAGCAAGUUGUACAGUCAGAACCUCUUGACAAGUGCUCUGUAGCUGAUUAUGAGCAGAUCCAUUGUGGACAACCUGGUAUCAGUGGUGCGGAGUGUGAAGCUAUUAACUGCUGCUUUAAUGGACAGCAGUGUUAUUAUGGGAUGUCAGUGACUGUCCAGUGUAUAAGAGAUGGUCAGUUUGUGUUAGUGGUGGCAAGAGAUGUCACUCUGCCUCGUCUGAGUCUGGACACUGUCCGUCUGCUGGGUGGAAAUGAAGCACCUUGUGGUCCUGUCGGUUUCACACUUUCCUUUGCCAUUUACCAGUUUCCAGUCACUGCCUGUGGCACCAGCAUGAUCGAGGAAAAUGGUUAUGUGGUGUAUGAGAACCGAAUGACUUCAUCCUAUGAAGUGGGGAUUGGACCUCUUGGCUCCAUCACAAGGGACAGUCAUUUUGAACUUCUCUUUCAGUGUAGGUAUUCUGCCACUGCUGUGGAAGCUCUGGUUGUGGAGGUCAACACUGUUCCACCACCUCCACCUGUAGCUGCUCCUGGACCCCUCAGGGUGGAACUUAGACUGGCGAAUGGCCAAUGUGUCACUAAAGGCUGUGCAGAAGGAGAUGAGGCGUAUACUUCCUACUAUGGUGAAGAUGAGUAUCCAGUCACUAAAGUCCUGCGAGAGCCCGUGUAUGUUGAGGUGCGUAUCUUGGAGAGAACUGACCCCAAUCUUGUCCUCCUGUUGGGGCGCUGUUGGGCGACAUCAACCCCUAGUCCUAUUAGUCUUCCCCAGUGGGAUCUUCUAGUUGAUGGAUGCCCUUAUCAGGAUGAUCGUUACCUGACUGCACUGAUUCCUGUAGUUGGCUCAUCUGGUCUUCAGUUCCCAACCCACUUCAAUCGCUUUGUGGUGAAGAUGUUCACGUUUGUGGAUCCAGCAUCACUGGCCCCUCUGCAGGAGACAAUCUACAUUCACUGUAGUACUGCGGUGUGCCACCCUGCUUCUGGAUCCUGUGAACAGAGCUGUGCCAGGAAAAGGAGAGCGGUUGCUGACAAGAGGCAUGAAGAAACUGUGGUUUCCAGUGGAGAGAUUUCCUUAACGAUGUAA